CUGCUUGCUAUGCUACCAUUUUAGGUCUUGUUUUUUUUAUUGGAUUUUUCUAUUCUGGCAUUCUAUUGUUGUCCUUGGGUUUUUCAUGCUUUUACGUCCUUUCUUUGGGGUUGAAGGGUGUUCAUUUGCAUUCCCUCUUGGUUUUCUUCCAUGCCUCUCUCUUAGGCCCGCAUUCAGUCUCGUGCCAUUUUUCUUCCUUGUGCUGGGUUUUGACAAGCUUUUCUUCCUUGGUUUUCAUCUGCUUAGUUUCUUUUCCUUUAUGUCCACGCUGAUUGCUUUGAGGUUGUCUCGCUAGUUCUCUACUAUCUCACGUAGAUUUCAGCUGACACUAGCGAUGUUUGAAGAUAUAAUUAUGAAAGGAAAGUUAGUCUAAUUGACACAUCUUGUCGCCCAAAUAAAAAAAAUAAUAAUAGAAGAGGAGUCAUGUAUUGAUAUUAAUGGCCACGGGGUAAUUCAUGCAAUAUUCACAAUAUAUCACAGGUUAAAGAACAAUAUAUUUGAUUGUAUGCCAAAAAGGCUCAUCAUCUAGCUGGCGUGCCAAACUAGAACCAUUUGCACGGGUAACUACAAUCGAAAACCUAUUGUUUUUGCCGGCUGGGCAAUGGCAAUGAUCAACAACAUUGUCUUCUCAUGCUAAAGAAAAAACCUUCAUUAUUUUUAUAGCUAGGCCCCGCCCAAGAAUACCAUGUACUAUUUGCUAGCAAGCACUUUCCCACGGGGCACAGUAUAUCCAAGCCAAGUUGCUCAAAGCUGAUUGUUACCAUGAGUGAUUGCUCUUCUGAUAUGUUUGCAUUAACAACUACAUUUUGUUUAAUGGAAAAGUGGGCAUCCAUAUGACCGCCAGACAACAUGAAUGGGAAACUGAGGGGGUGAGAAAGAGACUCAUGUUAACUUUUGCAAUUGUCUCAGAUUUAGUUAAUUAUAUAUCUUUUGCCUCCUAUAACUUGUUCUACGAAAAGUUUAAUAAAAUAUAGUUUGACUUACAUCAUCAUUCACAUCAGUACUACCCUAAUAUUGUAGCUAUCCUUUCCAAGUUGCCCAUUUGAGUCUUUUAUACAAUUUUUUUGGUGGGUGCACUUGUGGUCCCUUGUUCUCCAUUUCCUGCCCAACCCGGCCUUUCUAAUUCGUUUUCCUUUUUUUUUUUUUAAUCUAUAGUUUGCUCCAUUCAAUGAUGCAAUUAACCUCUUAUGAUCCCCUCUGCAAAACAUUACAUCACUGCCAACUAAACCAUGCAAGGAUUAACCAAGCACCCCUAUGCCCUCUCAUUCUACCUAGCUGAUCUCUUCUUUUUCUUUUUGUUAUUUAUUAAUUAGCAUAUCAUUCAUUUUUGAAGGUCAUGUGGCCUGAGUUUGAGGCUAGCAAGAUCCUGAGGAAUAUGUUGGGUAGCAACAACUUGGUUGUAGACCUUCCAAAUUCCACAGAGACCAUGUUAGAGCUAGAAGAAACUUCUAGUUCUUCGGUUCCACCUUCGCCCAUCACUUCCAAGAAAUACAUCACUGAUGAUCAGGAUAAACACAAGAUCUUUGUCGGCUCUUGGAAUGUUGGAGGCAUUGCACCACCUGAUGAUUUGAACAUGGAAGAUUGGUUAUGCACACAGACUGAACCUGCUGAUAUCUAUGUUCUUGGGUUCCAAGAAGUCGUGCCUCUCAAUGCUGGAAACGUUGUUCCAGGUUUUGAAAACAGCAAGAUUUGCACCAAAUGGAAUUCUCUUAUCAGAGAAGCUCUGAACAAUAGUACUUCGAAACCUGUUCACGAAGAUAAGGUAGGAGAGUUUCAAAAGGUGCUCCCCGUGAAGAAAAAUAGGAGUAGUAAUUCUCUUGGCAAAAGCAGCAAUACUUUUCCUCACUGCUUUGAUUGUAUCAUAAGUAAGCAAAUGGUUGGAAUUUUUAUCACCAUUUGGGUUCGAGGUGAUCUCCUUCCAUACAUACAACAUCCUAGUGUCUCAUGUGUAGGCUGUGGCAUCAUGGGCUGCCUAGGCAAUAAGGGAUCUGUCUCGGUUAGGUUUUGCUUGCAUGAAACAAGCUUAUGUUUUGUGUGUAGUCAUCUGGCUUCUGGAGGGAAAGAAGGAGAUGAAAAGAAUAGAAAUGCCGACGCUACUGAAAUCUUGUCACGCACAAGAUUUUCUCGUGGCCCUUUGCGCAAUUUGCCACGAAAGAUUCUUGAUCAUGAUCAGGUAGUCUGGCUUGGAGAUUUGAACUACAGGAUAUACCUGCCUGAUUCUAAAACAAGAUAUUUAGUUCAGAAAAAAGAGUGGAACAUCUUGUUAGAAAAGGAUCAGCUUAAGGCUGAGCUCGUGGAAGGUCAUGUAUUCCAAGGUUGGCAUGAAGGAAAAAUUGAAUUUGCACCUACUUACAAGUACUAUAAGAAUUCACAAGUCUACUAUGGCUGUGAUCAGAAGAGGAAGGGUGAAAAGAAGCGUGCUCCUGCAUGGUGCGAUCGAAUAAUUUGGUUUGGAAAGGGACUGAAGCAGAAACAAUACAGCAGAGGUGAAUCUAGAUUGUCUGACCACAGACCUGUCCGUGCAAUCUUCACAGCAGAAAUCGAAGUCUUAAGUAAUUCCAGGAGAUUAGGAAGCUCUUUUCCAGGCAGAUUCGAUUGCUUAAGAAACCAUUUUGAAGCAUGUAAUGACAGAACAAGCUUCUAUUUACAAGAAUAAUAUCAGUAACUUCCCAUAUGCUGUGUGAAUCAUGCAGGAGAAACUAUGAAUA